AUGUAUGUCCUUGUCAGCUCUGUCUGGUUCCUGAGGGCCACACUAACCUUUACAUCUCCAACAAUCCCUGCUGUCACCCUGGAGUCCCAAUCUUCCUGUCCUUUCUGUUCUGGUGGGUCUACCCUGGGGCCUAAUGACACCAGCUCUACACCCGCCAGUUCACCUUGUACUCCUUUGAGUCCUGAGCUCCUGGACCCACUGCACCAGCUACCAGCAGAUGAAGAGGAUAAUCUCAGGCCCCCCCAGGAUGCCAGGGCUCUAGACAGUAAGCCUGAACUGGGGGCCCUGUCAACUGUGGAGGAGCAGGAAGAGUGUGAGGGACAGGCAGAGGAGGAAUGCCCCAUCUGCACUGAGCCUUACGGGUCUGAUGAGCAGCACCAGGCCUUGCUCAACUGUGGUCACAGCCUGUGUGUGGGCUGCCUGCACCAGCUGCUAGGCAUAACCCCCAGAGCUGACCUGGGCCGUGUGUGCUGCCCACUGUGUCGUCAGAAGACACCCAUGCUAGAGUGGGAGAUCUGUCAGCUGCAGGAGGAACUGCUUCGAGCUGAUGGACCCCAGCGCCCAGUGCCCAUUGCAUCCACCACACCCCUGCACCCUGGCCCUGGGCCCUGGGGAUCCUUGGAGCACCGCUACCGCCUGCGUUUUCUGGCUGGGCCCGUGGGAAACCGUAGCUGCCUCCCCUUCCUUCCCUGCCCUCCCAGCCUAAGUACCUGGCUGUGGACACUGCGGGAACGUGGCCCCUGUGCCCGUCGCCUAUCCCUGCUGAGCCUGCUGGCAUUAGAACUACUGGGGCUGGUGCUCAUCUUCACGCCGCUCAUGCUGCUAGGAGUGUUCUUCAUGCUCCUAGACCGCUCCAGCCGCUGAGCAGAGCCCAGGGUGUUGGCCAAGCUUUGAAGCCCAUGCUCGGAUUCUGGUCAUUAGCAAAGACUUGCUAUCACAAUCCCAAGACCAGGCCUGCUCAAGAGCCUGGGCCAGCCAGAGUGCUUACACACCCCUGCAGCCCAGAUACUGGCUAAAGCCAAGGACACUAAGCCAAGGACAGCCUCUGAAGGAGAUUGGCCUAACAGGAAGGGCUGUGACCAGAGCCCCGUGUGCUUACCAUGGACAAACACUUGACUGGCCAGAGGCAAUGGCUGGAUCCUAACACCGACUCCUGAGGUCCAUCUGGUGAGGGUGGGCACAAACUUGAACAGAGGUCUAGCAGAAUUCCGUUGCUAGGAGAAGGCAAGGGCUGUAGGCACCCUCUCCUCUGUCCACACAGGUUGGUGUGUGCCCCUGAAGGCCACAGUAGCUAGCAGGAGAGGCCUGCACUGCACAAACCCAUCCUUCAAAAGCUCCUCAC